CAGGACUAUGGCAACGGGCCAGGCCCCGCCUCCUCGUUGGCUGGGGCCGUCGCCAUUGUCUAGGCGCCAAGUCGAGCUAUGCGCUUAAUGGCGAUCUCCGACUGCUCGAAACAAUGACCCGUCAAUCCACCGUGUCAGACAGAUGAGAUGAGGGGAGCUCGCCAUUCGCAGCGGAGUGCGUCGGGAAUUCUCCCUCGAACGGCUGCUUUGCACUUUUAUUACUCUGCAUCCCAGCCUUAUGUUCUGAUCAUCCGCUUUCCUUCUCGAAAUAGGUGCGACAACUGCUCUGAGAGUCUGUCCCCUAUCCUUCCUUUCUUUCAUCUUGUUUCCUUCGAGUAACACGGAGUCUGGUCUGGAUCUGACUCCAACACUUUCGUUUUUAUAAUUCUGUGCGAUUUGAUUGCUCUGGAGCAAGUCUGUCGUUUCUCUUUGAGGCUGCGCGAUACACUCUCUUUCGACUUUCCGGCCGCAGCAAGUAAUUGAUCGCAAUGCGGGUACUCCUCUCAAUCUUUUUCGCCCUCUGGCUCGGCUCUGGUGUGCUCUCUGCGCCCACUUUGAAGGAUGGUAAAGGCCGGUCGUUCAAGGUCCAGGCUGUCCGGCGAAGCGACACUAUCCAUGGUCCGACGGCUCUGCGCAAAGCCUACCUCAAAUACGGCAUUGUCCCUUCCAACAUUGGAAUCGACUUGGAGGAUUUUGAACCAUUUGAGCCGAAUGUCAAGGCUGCUGUCACUGAUUCCAAGGCCGCAAUUACCGAGCCAGACCAGAGUGGCGCCGUCAGUGCUGCAUCCGUGGAGGGAGAUGCUGCCUUUGUCUCGCCCAUCACCAUUGGAGGCCAGGAGCUCGUCGUCACCUUUGACACGGGCUCGUCUGAUGUAUGGGUGAUGAACACACGGCUCCCUAAGAGCUCAAUUGAAGGGCGUUCGGCCUAUGAUCCCUCCAAGUCCUCUACGUUCUCGAACAUGGAAGGCUCAACCUUUAACAUCACUUACGGCGACGACUCGUACGCAUUUGGCGGAGUGGGAAUAGAUACUAUCAAUGUUGGAGGUGUCACCGUCACCGGCCAAGCCAUCGGUCUUCCCACUCAAGUUUCCGCUUCAUUCUUGGAAGACACCUACACGAACGGCUUAGUCGGCCUCGGCUUCGGUGGGCUCAACACGAUCCAACCCCAACAGCAACGUUCAUUCUUCGAGACAAUCGCCGACGUUCUCGACGAACCCGUUCUCGGCGCCUCCCUCAAGAGCGAAAGUGUUGGCGAGUAUGAAUUUGGCGUCAUUGACAAGUCAAAGUACAAGGGCGAUCUGGUCAACGCUUCCGUCGAUGCCUCGAGCGGAUACUGGAAGUUCGAGUCCGCAUACUACAAGGUCGGAAAUGGAACUCUCAAGAAGAAUGACCAGGCUACCGCGACUAUCGCUGACACGGGAACUUCGCUUAUGCUCCUCGACCAGCACGUCGUUGACGCCUAUUAUGCGCAAGUGCACGGCGCGCAGUAUGUACCUAGCGCAACGGGCUACAUCUACCCUUGUAGCGCGGAACUGCCAAACUUUUCCAUUGCCAUUGGACCUCAGCAUCUGGCAACUGUCCCUGGUAGUCUGAUGGGAUUUUCGGAGGUUGGAACGAACACAACCACCGGGGAAACUGUCUGCUAUGGUGGCAUGCAAUCAAACCAGGGUCUGUCGCUGCAGAUCCUCGGCGACACAUUCCUCAAGGCCUUCUACGUCGUCUUUGACCUACGCGGCCCUUCAAUCGGCGUUGGCUCUCCGGCAUGAUCAUCAGCGUCAUCGAAUCACACUCCUUUUGCACAAGCUUUCCAGCCGUCUUAAUAGAUAACUAAUCAAAAGAUAGAGCUGUCUGUACCGCUAAUACAUUUGUAUAUAUUACCCUCAGAUUCGCUGAGCGUCUCAUAUAAUGGUAUUUUUAUGUAUCAUUAACUUACGAUGCGCCACCGGGUGGUUUGCA